AUGGCUGUGUCCGCCCAGCUCUUGGUGGAGGAGUUGCAGAUCUUCGGCCUAGAAUGCGAGGAGGCUGUGAUUGAGAAAUUGGUAGAACUGUGCAUUCUGUAUGGACAGAAUGAAGAGGGAAUGGCCAGCGAGCUUAUAGCCUUCUGCACCAGCACACGUAAAGACUGCCUUACCUUGGAGACCCUGAACUCUUUUGAGCACGAGUUUCUGAGCAAAAGAUUAUCCAAAACCCGGCAUGGUGCCUCCAAGGACAAAGUGCACGGCCAUGCAGGAGCCAGAGACAUUGUUUCCAUACAAGAGCUAAUUGAAGAGGAAGAGGAAGAGGAGACCCUCUUGAACUCUUACACCACACCCUCUAAGGGUUCUCAGAAGCGAACUGUCACCACCCCAGAAACCCCCCUCACAAAAAGGAGUGUGUCUGCUCGGAGCCCCCAUCAGCUCCUCUCACCGUCGAGUUUCUCUCCAAGUGCUACUCCCCCUCAGAAAUACAGCUCGAGAAGUAACCGGGGAGAAGUGGUCACCUCCUUUGGCUCGGCGCAGGGGGUAUCUUGGUCCGGGAGAGGAGGAACUAGUCACCUCAGCCUGAAGGUCUUGGGACAUCCAGAGCCGCUCACCGGGAGCUACAAAUGCAUGUUUCAGAAGCUCCCAGACAUUCGAGAAGUUCUGACCUGUAAGAUAGAAGAACUUGGCAGUGAACUCAAGGAACAUUACAAGAUUGAGGCUUUUGCUCCCACUCUAGUCCCAGCACAGGAGCCUGUCACCCUGCUGGGCCAGAUCGGCUGUGACAGCAACGGGAAGCUGAACCACAAGUCGGUGAUUCUGGAGGGAGAUCUGGAACAUUCCUCAGGCGCUCAGAUUCCAGUGGAUCUAUCUGAGCUCAAAGAAUAUUCUCUAUUUCCUGGACAGGUGGUGGUCGUGGAAGGAAUCAACACCACAGGUAGAAAACUUGUUGCCACCAGACUCUACGAGGGUGUGCCACUUCCGUUCCAUCAGCCCGAUGAAGAGGAUGGAGAUUCUGAGCAGUUCAUGGUCCUGGUGGCCUGUGGGCCGUACACCACAUCUGACAGCAUCACCUUUGACCCCCUGCUCGACCUGAUCACCAUCAUCAACCGCGACCGACCGGACGUCUGCAUCCUGUUUGGACCUUUCCUGGAUGCUAAGCAUGAACAGGUUGAGAGCUGUCUGCUGACAAGCUCAUUUGAAGAUGUUUUCAAGCAAUGUCUCCGAACAAUUAUUGAAGGAACACGAAGCUCCGGCUCCCACCUCAUCUUUGUCCCGUCACUGAGAGACGUGCACCACGAGCCCGUGUACCCACAGCCUCCCUUCAGCUGCUCCGACCUGCUUCGAGAGGACAAAAAGCGAGUGCAGCUCGUGUCCGAGCCCUGCACCCUCUCCAUAAAUGGAGUGAUCUUUGGCUUGACGUCCACCGACCUGCUGUUCCACAUGGGGGCCGAGGAGAUCAGUAGUUCUUCUGGAACUUCAGACCGGUUCAGCCGAAUCCUUAAGCACAUCCUGACCCAGCGGAGCUACUACCCGCUGUACCCACCCCAGGAGGACGUGGCCAUCGACUACGAGAACUUCCGCCUCUACGCUCAGCUGCCCGUCACCCCCGACGUCUUCAUAGCCCCAUCAGAGCUGAGAUACUUUGUGAAGGACAUCCUCGGCUGUGUCUGUGUGAACCCGGGGCGCCUCACCAAAGGGCAGGUGGGGGGCACCUUCGGCCGUCUCUAUCUCAGGAGGCAGACCGCCGGCGGCAAGGGGAGGCGGAGCCCGUGUGCUGCUGCCCAGGUGGUCAGGAUCUGA